GUCCAGAAUUCGAGCGAAGCCUUUAUCGACGGGACCCUAAGCGAAGGAAAGGACCUUGUCGACUAUAAACGACGUUGAAUGAUGGCGGGAACGUUGGACUAUAGUGAUUGGUUAGGAAAUAGGGCCCUCCCCCGGAAACGGUCGAGCUGAGGUCCGACUGGAGGAGAGACGAGGUACUGGUUUCAGACCAGUUGAGAGACGAGGGACCGGUUUCAGACCAGUUGAGAGACGAGGGACCGGUUUCAGACCAGUGCAGUUCUGUACGUUUCAUGGGGAACGAAGACGUUCACACCCGGAAUUGUAGUUUUCUAGUUUUAAUCCACAAGCGGAAGUCAAUGGCGGAAGACGACCAUGAAUCCUGAACGCAAACGCGUCAAAAUCACCCCCCACAAUGCACUGCAGCAGUCCCCAGGCUCCUCCCACAAUUUACUGCAGCAGUCCCCUGGCUCCUCCCACAAUGCACUGCAGCAGUCCCCUGGCUCCUCCCACAAUGCACUGCAGCAGUCCCCAGGCUCCUCCCACAAUGCACUGCAGCAGUCCCCAGGCUCCUCCCACAAUGCACUGCAGCAGUCCCCAGGCUCCUCCCACAAUGCACUGCAGCAGUCCCCUGGCUCCUCCCACAAUGCACUGCAGCAGUCCCCAGGCUCCUCCCACGAUGCACUGCAACAGUCUCCUGGCUCCUCCCACAAUGCACUGCAGCAGUCUCCAGGCUCCACCCACAAUGCACUGCAGCAGUCUCCAGAGGAAGAGGAAGAGAAUCUGCUGGUGGAGGAAGACACGACAGAUUCCAGCCUGGUCAUCACCAUGGACCGUGUGGGGGGGCCGGCGGGAGGGGGGCGUGCCCGGGGGGAGAAGAGGAGGCGGAGCAAGAUGACAUCUGACAGUGAAGAGGAGGCGGAGCCCAGGCUAGAGAUGGACCGACUUCUGGACCAAUCGCUGGAGACGAAGUCCAGACAUCACAAGCUGACCGCCGUCAACGUCAAGAACAUCCUCCAUGAAGUGAUCACUAACGAGCAUGUGGUGGCCAUGAUGAAAGCAGCUCUCAACGAGACGGAGGCUGUGCCGCCCUUUGAGCCCAAGAUGACCCGGUCCAAGCUGAAAGAGGUGGUGGAGAGAGGAGUGGUGAUUCCAGCGUGGAACAUGUCCCCCAUCAAGAAGGCCUCAGAGGUCAAGGCCCCCCAGUUUGUUGACAUCCACCUGGCUGAGGAAGACUCUUCUGAUGAAGAGUAUCACCCAGAGGAUGACGAGGAAGAUGAGACCGCUGAAGAUACGUUCCAGGAGAGUGACAUGGAGAGCACAGCUUCGUCUCCCAGAGGAACCAGAAUACAUGAGACCGCUCGGUCCAAACGCCGGAGGGCGGAGUCUAUCUCCAUGGGACCGCCCCCUCCUCCCCAAGCUCCUCCCACCAACCCUGUGACUGACAGCUCCUUCUUGGAAAAACUACACGCUGUGGAGGAAGAGCUGUCCUGCAUGGAACCCUACCAGCUGCUAGAGGACAACCUGAUGGCCUACCGCACACGCUCAAAGCGUCCUCUGAGGAACGUCCCCCUGGGGUCGCCUGGAGGCUGGAGCUUCGGGCCCCUGACAUCACGCCUGACAUGUACGACCUAGGCCCCGCCCCCGAGGACAGGGAGUGGACUCAUUGGCUGAGAGGCCUGAUGAGCUCAGAUGUAGAAAACGAAGAGGAGUGUGAUGAUGAGGACGACCCAGAGUAUAACUUCUUGGCUGAUAACCAUGAACCGGACCAGGAGGAUUACCGUGACGACCGCGCCGUCCGCAUCACCAAGAAGGAGGUGACGGGGCUGAUGGAGGAGCUGUUUGAGACGUUAAAGGAGGACAGUGU